AUGAACUCUGACUCUGGCAGUGGUAAAGAAGAAGGUGUUGAGACAGACGUUGAAGAGUUUGUUAAUGAAGACCCAUUUGAUGCUCCUAACAUGCCUGAAAACCCUGUCUAUUGGUUCAUUGCUACCUUUGCCAUUCUUUUUAUCUUGCAUUAUGUUGUUAACAAAGGUGCCGCCGUAUUGAUUGAAUUUAUCAAUCAGUUACUCAAGAUCUACGGCAAAGAUUUCCAAUUACCAACAAGUCUUAUUGGCCUGCAAAGAAUGACUGGUUUUUCCAAUUAUGCCAAUGGUAUCAAGAAGUCUGUUGUAUGUGAAGACUGCCACAAGGUUUAUGAACAAAAUGUGUCUCUCCCUACUCAUUGA